AUGGAAGAGAUACGCUCACUCAUCGCGGAUGUGCCCGCCGUUUGGCGCGAUCUGGACCACCUCAAGCAGGCGUUCGUGGUACUCAAAGCCAUCGCCGACUUUACCUUUUGCGGCCUCACUCCGCUGCUCUUCGGCAAGACGCACAUGACCUUGCGUACAGUCACUCUCAUGCCGCUCGUUGCGCUCUGUUUCGUGUCAUCCGACGCGGCCAUGUUCUUCGCGCUCUCGAAAGCCGCUGAGCGAACGCAAAUCUGGAUUGGACUGCUGCUCGUGCUCUAUAGCCUGGUCUUCUUCUGGUGGGCGCAGUAUACGAUGAAGACCUUCUCGGGUCUCACAGCCGCCUUCUCGGACGAUGCGCCCACUUUUCUGAUCACAUCGGGUCCGUGGGCCUUUGUGCGCAACCCGCUCUACUCGGCCUACCUCGCCUCACUGCUUGCUGGCUUCAUCGUCACCAGCUCUUCGAACCACCCCGAUCACGGUCACGCUUUUCUUGUGUCGCAUGCAGGAGGCAUUGCUCUGUCUGCUCUACUCGUGGUGUUCAGCAUCUACUAUUCAGCGAUUAGAGAGGAGGAGGCCAAGUUUGACUCGAGCAAGCUUCGAAGCAAGUACGAGGCGUACAAGAAGAAGGUCUGGCGCUUCUUGCCUCUUGGUGACGUCUUUGGUCGCUAG